AAACGGUGCUGCUCCCUCGCUGCGUUUGGACUCGUAGCGGAGAUAUGCAUCUCUUUUACAUUUCUUUAAUCACAAGUUGACCAGUUUAAGGAGACAUGUCCGCUCAAGGGUUGUUAAGCAGUGUUUUCUCAUGCUCGCUAAGCCCCAAAACUCGUUCCAAACGGAGACUAAUACAGACCAGGAGUUUGGACCCAGCGUUGAUGGGACAUUAUGGUACCGACGCCGAGGAGACAUCGUUUCAGGGCGACUUUACCUGGAACAGCGUGUCAGGACGUAACGUUGGCCUGAAGCCCGUCCCUUUGCAAAGCCUCUCAGAGUUGGAGAGGGUUCGUCUCCAAGACGUGGCCUUCAGACGAUUGCUUCGGGAUCGCGACCCGGGCUGCCACAUCACCAUCCCUAAAUAUGGCCACAAGCACAAGAAGUUACUUCGGCGGAAGUUGGAUUCAUUAUCUAAAGAGAAGAGUAAAGACAAAGAGACUGCGCCCCAGGCGUUUGGCAUACCACUAUCGCAGGUCAUAUCCAACGACCGCACACACAAGCAGCGGCACGAUCCCCCGCGGGAGGAGCACAGUGAAUUGAUGCUAUCCUUCCUCAACUUCAACUACAGCUUCAAAAGGGGCAACAAGGAGCUCUCCAGCAGCAACUCGUCCCUGAGCUCCACUUCUGAGACCCCUAAUGAAUCGCCUCUGCUCAGCACAGCAGACGCAGCCCCGCGGACACGCAGGAGGGGCGGAGUAUCGGUGGAUUGCAUCACUGAUCUGGAUGAUAACCAGUCUCGGCUCUUGGAGGCCCUUCAGCUCUCUCUGCCAGAGGAGGCAGCUGGCAACAGGAAGAAGCGCCGUGACAAAAAACUCAGCCUUAACCCGAUUUACAGGCAGGUGCCCAGGGUGGUGGAUGUCUGCUGCCAGCACCUGGAAAAACAUGGCCUGCGGACGGUUGGAAUUUUCCGUGUUGGAAGUUCCAAGAAGAGAGUACGACAGCUUCGCAAGGAUUUUGACCAGGGAUGGGAGGUGCAUUUGGAUGAGGAGCACAGUGUCCACGAUGUAGCUGCAUUGCUUAAAGAGUUCCUCAGGGACAUGCCUGACCCACUGCUAACCAGAGAACUCUACACGGUCUUCAUCAACACAAUGUUGCUGGAUUAUUCAGACCAAGAGAGCACCAUCCAGCUCCUGAUAUUUCUGCUUCCUCCCUGUAACAGCGACACGCUGCAGCGCCUCCUCUGCUUGUUGUCCACAGUGGCUGCACAUGCUGAAGACAGCUUGGACAGUGACAGACAAGAGAUCACAGGAAACAAGAUGACAUCACUCAAUCUAGCAACCAUCUUUGGACCCAACCUCUUGCACAAGCAAAAAAACUCAGACAAAGAGUUUGCAGUCCAGAGUUUUGCCCGUGCAGAGGAGAGCACAGCCAUCAUCAGUGUGGUCCAAAAGAUGAUCAAUACAUAUGAAACGCUUUUUACGGUUCCUGCUGACCUUCAGAAUGAAGUGCUGAUGAGUGUGCAAGAAACUGAUCCUGAUGUUGUGGAUUACUUACUGCGGAGGAAGGCCUCUCAGUACUCGGAGCCAGGCCUUCUUGAAGCAGGGGAUUCCUUCUCUCUGACUGAGAGAUGCGUAUCCAAUGACUCCUUCAAAGCAUCUAGUGGAGAGGUGUCUCCCUAUGAUAACAACUCUCCUGUCCUGUCCGAUCGACUGCUGUGUAAAUACCCAGAGGAUAGAAGUCCGCUCUCAGACAGGAACCCCAGACUGUCUGGGCAGUACAAAGACAGCGGCCAUUCUAAAGACGGCUCUGGCAGCACCUCUCCUACACUUUCUACAGAUAAAGAGGCCUCAACUGAUCAUUUCUGGGACACCUGGCAUGGACUAUUCAGCAAGGAGUUUACUAGCCAUCAUAUUACUGGGUCCCUCGGAGACGUGUCGGAAUGUGAGUCGUAUGGAUCUUCAGAGGGGCUGAGCAGUCACCAAGGUAACAACAAGCCGCCCGUCAGACGGUCACAAACCUCAUUGGGCGUGCUGGGAGUCAGGCCACACCCCCCAGUGACUCGCAGCUGCAGUGGUCCUCAUGACCAGAGAGGACAGAGACAACCUCAAUCAUCAUUACAUCAGGGAUUGAGCAGCCAAUCAGCAGCCCUCAGUUCUGGCAACUUAGCAGAAAGGACAGGACAGCCAGCAUGUCCAUCGCUUAAGUUCAGGACGGACGGUUUGUCUCCCCCUCACUACUCUGUACAGCUGAGGGAGACCCAUAUUUCUUACUCCACGCCCUCCCUCUUCACGUAUCAGCCUGACACCCAAACCCCACAGCAGUACCAGCAAAGCCCUGCCCCCCAGACUGUAGAUACCGCAGAUGCCUCUGGGCCUGGACAAGAAAAGGGCCCUGGUACACCAAACUGGCAGACGGAGAGGUGGCAUAUAUGGCAUAUACUGUCAAAAGACAAUGCAGACGCCCUGCCUGAGACGUUGGUGUGACCAUGUUGAACAAUACUGAAGAUAACUUCAGAUAACAGGAGCCAUUGUCCUGUCACAUCAUCAGAUGCCCAAAUGCUGUUUGUCCGUACAUGCAGUAUUACGUAAUGAUUCUCAUUGACAGACUGAUGGGACUUUACAUCAACCACCAUUUAAAGGUGAUGAUAGUGCUGUUAUUUUGAGUUUAACUGUUUAUAUAUUCAUAUUGUUGUGUGAUGUGAUGUUAACAUGAUGCAAAUUAUAUUUCUGGAGAAUAUUUUAAUGAGUUGUCGUCAUUAACACAGAGAUUUUUUGAAAUACAAUCAUCAAAAACUUGUAUUUAGACCUGAAUGUCAUAAAUAGACUUGAAUGGUAUUCAUUUGAAUUUGAAACCAUGAAUGUUUUUAAGAUGAAUGUAACAAUAUAAAUUCUGUUUAUGUUGUCAUAUUGCUUUAGAUGUGUACCGUAUCAUAUACUUUAGCGACUUUAACAUUCAGUUUUGUUACCAGCUCCUAAUUAUAAACUACUUCUGGAAAUGCUGCAGAAUGAGAAUUUAAGAAUUUGUGUAUCUUCUAAACUGUCGACACGUCGUACGUGUAGGAAAAUGGCUGCAUGAAAUGAAUUUGAAUCAUUUCCGUGGUAUGGUAUGAGACAAUCUCAAUUUAUCAUGAAUGGAAUUAGCAAUUGUAAAGUGGUGUAGGUCAGGACAUGCAUUUAAAAUUUACUUUUGAAUUCAGUAAGACCCUCUCUUCCUUCAGGGUUAGACGUUGUUGCCAGUUCUGCUAAUUUUUGCCCAUUGCCAUGUAAUUACCUAUAUCAUAGAUUUAUUUCAAAGUGUCCACAGCUACAGAGUAAAAAAUAUAAUUGCCAAUAUAGGAAAAGAAUGUAAAAGUCAGCAGGGUGCAUAUUGAAUUCCCAUAAGGAGAUGUGUUUUCCGGUGCAUGAUAACAAUCUAAUUUGACCCUUUCACUUAGGAGUUAAUUUAGGAAUCGACAUGAAGUUCAAUCAAAUGGUUACUUAAUUAUGGUGGGCAGCACAGAUUCUGCUCUCUAGUCAGAAAACAAUGAAACAAUUACCUGAAAUGGCCACAAGAGGGAAAUAUAAGACCAGGAAAUGGUUUUCACUUUCCUUUUACUUCCCCAAACUGUAAUCCUUGUGCAUUGUGGGUAUACAGUGGGUUUUUAAUGACUCAUUACACACUGAGCAGCUAUUAGUUCAGUUUAAUUCGUAUUAGACACCUUUUCCCACCAUGAUAGGGAUGGUGUUGAUUUCAUGUUGUAUGGAUGAUGGCUUUUGAUAUGUUCGUAAAGAUCUAAUCUUUCACUCUUGUCUUCUAUUGCUACUAUUGAAGAGUGCAUUUUCUUUUAUCAACAGUAAUCUUGCUUUAUGUGAAUAAAAAAAAAAAAGCCAGAUCUGAGCUGAGACAAUAACAGUAACAUUUACCACUAAGUAAACUUUUAAAGUACUGGAAUUGCAAGAAGUACCCACAGUAAGUAUGCAAUUAUGCAGGAAAUGGCUACCAUUGCAGUCUGGCACACAGAUUACAGAUAGUAUAUAACAAUUUAGGAAUGC